AUCGAGGCACGUACAAUCGACUGACAGUCAUCGGCUAUCGAUAGCUGCAGUACGCAGCAAGAAAAAAAACACACACGUCACAACACUUUUUGCCGCAGUCCCACGCACCGAAAGAGAUUCAGUCAAAAUGGCCAAACAAGUGGACGAUUUCGCGGACAGCAAGCUGCACUUUUACCAGAAGCUGGCUCUGGGCAUUAUCCUCGGAAUCGUGCUCCUCUCCCUGCCGUCCUUAUGCGCCGGCCAGGGCAAUCCCAGUUUCAAAUACUCGCGGGAAGCCAAUGAAAACUUUGAUCCAAAGAAGGCUCCGCCGGUAGUGCACGACCAUCAUGACCACGAUCAUGAUCAUGAUCAUGAUCACCAUCACCACGGCCAUAAUCACGAUCACCACGGACAUCAUGAUCAUGAUCAUCAUCAUGACCACGACCACGACCAUGGCCAUCAUCACCACGGGCGCGAAGAGCGUCAUGCAAAGCCGGCAUUGGAUAUGAGCACCAUUUGGCUGCACUCGAUUGGAUCCACUCUGCUUAUCAGCGCCGCGCCCUUCCUUCUACUUUACAUCAUUCCGCUCGACAACAGCGAAGCGAUGAAGCCGCGUCUCAAGGUUCUGCUGGCGUUUGCCUCCGGUGGUUUGCUGGGCGAUGCCUUCCUGCACUUGAUUCCACAUGCCACGCACCCACACAGCCAUGGAGAGCACGGCCAUGAUCACGACCAUGGACAUGACCAUCAUCACGAAGAAGAGGAGCAUGGACAUGGCCACGCGCACAGCCACGACAUGAGCGUCGGUCUGUGGGUGCUUGGUGGCAUUAUUGCCUUCCUGUCUGUGGAGAAACUAGUGCGCAUCCUGAAGGGAGGACAUGGUCACAGCCACGCUUCCCCAAAACCCAAGCCAGUGCCUGAGAAGAAGAAGUCGGGCAAGGACAAUGGGGAUGGGGAUAAGGCGUCUGCCAAGCCGAAAGCCAAGAAACAGGAAGCCGAGCCGGAGGGCGAAGUGGAGAUCUCUGGCUACUUGAACCUGGCUGCCGACUUUGCCCACAACUUCACCGACGGCCUGGCCAUCGGUGCCUCCUACUUGGCUGGCAAUAGCAUUGGUAUUAUCACCACCAUCACCAUCCUGCUGCACGAGGUGCCGCAUGAGAUUGGCGACUUCGCCAUCCUUAUCAAGUCGGGCUGCUCACGGCGCAAGGCGAUGAUGUUACAGCUGGUCACAGCUCUUGGUGCGAUUGCGGGCACAGCGCUGGCUCUUUUGGGAGCCGGCAGCGGUGACGGAUCGGCGCCUUGGGUGCUGCCCUUCACAGCCGGUGGUUUCAUUUACAUUGCCACAGUCAGUGUGCUGCCCGAGCUGCUGGAGGAAUCCACGAAGCUGAAGCAAUCGCUGAAGGAGAUAUUCGCCCUGCUCACCGGCGUGGCCCUGAUGAUUGUCAUUGCCAAGUUUGAGUAGAACUCGGUUCCUUCAAAAAGAAACUUAAAAAUGUUAAGCAGGUCUUCAGAUUCUCCUUUUGCGAUGCCUUGAAGCAACCCAUACAUUCUCCCAGUUCGCAAGGAUCGGAGGAAACUUACUUGUCGAAAUGGAAUCAUGCUGGCAUUAGUUGUUAAGCCGUCAACAUUUACACUUUACUUUGUAAUUAAAUGUUUUUAAAUAGUCAAAAAAUACAGUGUGAAAGAUA